UCUUUGCCCUCAUCUCAUUCCACUACACACCUUCAUCGAUUCCGAUCAGCGAACCUCUCUUAAACCCUAAAUCAUGAGACGAGCUUUAUUCAACAAAAUCCCUGUUCGUCACCUCUUAAACCCUAAUCGAUCAUCACCUUCCCCACCUAACCCCAAAAUCAUCAAUUCUCCCUUUUGUAGCUUUGGAUCGAACCUCAGAUUCUUCUCAACUGAAAAUGAGAAUUCAUCGACGGACCAAUCGAAUAUUCCGUCGGAAUCUAACAGUAUUUUGCAACCUCCGUCAAAGGAGCUUGACGUUAAAGAUGUCAGCAAUAAAGAGCUGAAAAUGCAGAUAGAGAAGUACUUCAAAGAAAAGGAUGAAGAGGCAUUACCGGAUGUGGUGGAGUCGAUAUUCAGGAGGAAAAUUACACAAAAGCAUGCGGAUACAGAUGAUGAGCUGCUUGAUGAGUUUAAUAUGCAACCAAUUGAUGGUGUCAACGAUCAAGAGUUUGAGUCGGAUUUUGAUGAGUUACAUGAGACAGAUGAUGAGAUAGAUAAUCUGUAUAACGCAAAAGAUAUUGUGAUCAAUCGAAUGACAAAAGAUGAAUUUUUUUAUAUGGAUGACAAGAAAUGGGAAGGUAUGAUUAAGGAGGCUGUUGAUAGUGGUCAUCUUAAAGAUACUAAAGAGUGUGAGCAGAUACUACAGGACAUGUUCAUGUGGGAAAAACUCCUUCCAGAUCAUCUGAAAAAAUUGGUUGAAGAAAAGUAUAACGAGAUAGCAGAUAUGGUCGAAACUGGCGAGCUUGAACCCGAGCAAGGUUACGAAAUGUAUCAGGAAUUCGAGCAUAACAUGCUCAUGAAACACACUAAGGAGAUAGAGGAAGCGGGUCCCCCAAAAUUUGAUGAGGCGGCUUCUGCUGUAGAGAAGAAGGACAUAGAUGACCCCCCGGGUGAAGGCCCUGUGCUUAGGUGGCAAACACGGGUCGUGUUUGUUCCCGGUGGUGAUUCGUGGCACCCUAAAAACAGAAAAGCAAAACUGGCUGUCACUGUCAAAGAGCUUGGCCUUUCGAAAAACCAGUUCCGUCGACUACGGGAAUUGGUUGGGAAAAGAUAUAACCCAGGAAAAGAUGAACUUACUAUAACCAGUGAGAGGUUUGAGCAUCGCGAGGAAAAUAGGAAAGACUGUCUCAGGACCUUAUUUGGGCUGAUUGAGGAGGCUGGUAAAGCUGAUAAGCUAGUUGAAGAUGCCCGAACAAGCUAUGUGAAGACCAGGCUUCGAGCGAACCAACAGUUCAUGGAGAAGUUAAAUGCUAAGAUCAUGAAAAAUAAAGGAUCUAGUUUGUUGCACGCCUGAUGAUGAGCCGCACACGUGUGGCCAGCCACACAUAUUCAGUCACAAAGUUUUAAGUCGAGAUCAUCAAACUUAAACACGUGCGUGCUAGAUCUGACCCGUAUCUCUAGAUAGUCAACAACUGUUUCAUUUUGGUGUUUAGUACACAAUUUAGAAGAUAAUAUCUUCUUGCCUUAUAUUUUUAAAACCAUAACUUGCACGUUCAUCCAUGUUAUAGAUGGUGUAUUGAUUUGUUGUUCUUCUGCUGCUUUUGUUUCAAACUAGUUUGUAAGCAGAAUUUUUCUCAGUUUAAUAAUAUAGACGUCUGUGUUUCGGUUA